ACUUACUUUUCUGAAUAAUAUCGAAACUUUCUAGAAGUAUUUCACAAAUAUAAACACACACCUCUCAGAAUUACGAGACCUGCCGCUCGCUAUCGCAUUCUAGGGCUCAAUCUUUCAUCUCUCUCAUCUUCAAUCAAAAUCAACUUCAAUCAUGGCGAACCAUCUCUUCGGCGGCUACAACUCCGGCAACUACGGCGGCGCCGGAUCUAAUCUCUCCAGCCUCUACUCUUCCGCCGCCGAUCAGUACCAUCCCGGCGACUCCGCCUCUCUUCUCGGUGCUACGACGGCGCGGUACUUGCCGUCCGAUCCGUACUCUUCGUCGUUUUCGUCGUCGCUGUCUUCGCUUGCUGAUAGGAGUUCGUUGUACUCCGAUUAUCUCGCCGGCGGGUACUCUAGGGCGGGGUGGCCGGGGCCGCCUGGCGUGGAGGCGGGAUCGUCGUUUCCGUCGGUUGAUGCGUUUGCGGGGUAUAAGCGGACCUCUGCGGCUGAAGCACUUUACCGUCAGACUCUUCUGGGUACCAAUAGUACAAUUGGUCAAAGUGACGCUUGGUAUGCUACCAAUGCUUUGGCCAAGCGUCCAAGAUAUGACUUGGGAAGCAGUUUGCCUAUUUAUCCACAGAGGCCAGGGGAGAAGGAUUGUGCCCAUUAUAUGCUCACAAGAACCUGUAAGUUUGGAGAGAGCUGCAAGUUUGAUCAUCCUGUUUGGGUUCCGGAGGGUGGAAUCCCAGAUUGGAAAGAGGUACCCCUUGCUGUUACUAGUGAAGCGCCUCCUGAGAGACCGGGAGAACCAGAUUGUCCUUACUUCAUAAAGACUCAGAAAUGCAAGUUUGGUCCGAGGUGUAAAUAUAAUCAUCCGAAAGAAAGAGUAGCUCCGUUGGGUGUGGCAGAGAAUGCUGAUCCUUCAGUCUUACCCCAGAGGCCAUCUGAACCUCCAUGCGCUUUCUACACAAAGACCGGUAAUUGUAAAUUUGGUGCUAGCUGCAAAUUUCAUCACCCAAAAGAUAUCGUGAUUCCCUCAUCUGGUCAAGUAAAUGGCUCGGGAAAUGAAGGAGCUCUUAAGAAUGGGAGUGUGAUGCCGGUGCAGCCAAUAGCAACGCCUGCAUCAUUGCACAACUCCAAGGGUCUUCCUGUCAGACCGGGUGAAGUGGAUUGCCCAUUCUACUUGAAAACUGGCAGUUGCAAGUAUGGUGCCACUUGUCGCUAUAAUCAUCCAGACAUAUAUGCAACCAAUCCUCCUGCUGGUGCUGCAUCUUUUGCAACAACUCCUGCUGCUCAUUUGAACUUUGGUGUUGUCAACCCAGCAGCAUCUAUGAUUCAAAGUAUUGACCCUAGGCUGACCCAGUCAACGCUAGGAUUGGGACCAGCUAUCUAUCCUCAACGACCUGGACAGAUUGAAUGCGACUUCUAUAUGAAGAGCGGAGAAUGCAAGUUUGGAGAAAGGUGCAAAUUCCAUCACCCUAUCAAUCGAUUCGCUCACACACAGUUGGCCAAGGAAUCUCAACAAGAAAGCGUGAAGCUCACACUUGCAGGUCUCCCUAGGAGGGAGGGUGCUGUUCACUGCCCCUAUUACAUGAAGACUGGUGCAUGCAAAUAUGGUGCUACAUGCAAAUUUGACCACCCACCACCUGGUGAGGUCAUGACCUCAGCAGCAACAGGCUCAUCAACUGUAGGGGUUCCAGGGAAAGAGGCUGAAUCCGUUCAAGAACAACAAUCAUAGAUGUCUCAAGAGGCUGUUGUAGUCUUAAAAGGAUUUCCAGCAUGCUCCUAAUGUUUCUUGCUUUAUCGUAUCUAAUUAUGGUAAACCUAGCUUAGUUUUCUUCAUGCUUGUAAGCCGUGCGGGAUUUGGGAUUUUUUUGAACUUGGCAUUUCCAAGGACACAAAGCUGUAUAAUGCUUGCAGCGUUUGUUUGGUUAUUUAGUUGUAAACAUUUUGAAGUUCUAAAGUUUUAAGUUUCUUUCAA